UGCAGCAUGCAGCGGAACACACGCACUUUACCGACGCUCAUCUGAGCUGUUAGCUGUGAACCCGCUGCAGGUUUUCUCACUGGAUUCAACCACUGACUCCAUCUGCUGUUCUCUGUCACCUCUGGCUGCAGGUGCUAUGGAUCUACAGUAUUUUCUGAGCUGGAAAGUUGCCCUGCUGCUUCUCUUGACGCCAUGUGGGCUCCAGUGUAUGUCAGUGCACAUCCUCAACGAGGAGAUUGUGCACGUGAUCCCAGGCUCCAGUCUGGUCCUGAAAGCUGAGAUCGGGCACGGACCCCUGGAAGAGGUCUCCGUGGUGACCUGGGAGCGGGAGUCCGAACUCUGGACCGGCCAUGACAGGGUGACACUGGCCUCGUGCCCCGGCAAAAGCUUCACAUGUGGUGGCACGAGGCCAAAUGUUCAUGUGAACAUGGAGCGGCAGGUGACGACACUUCAGAUAAAUGGGUUCAGCGGAGCAGACAGCGGCGUGUACACUGUGACUGUGACGGAUCAGAAAGGGGUCAAGACCUCUGCAGGAUGCAUCGUCAGGACAUACGAGGCGGUGCACCACGUCUCAGUCAGCAUCAACGUGUCUCACUCCUCGCUGGUUUGUGGAGAGGCCUGGGGCACGGAGCCCCACUUCAGCUGGCUCCACGAGAGAGUGGCCAUCACUCAGACUGUGGGUAUAGUCUCCAAAGAUGGAACAACAUUGUUUGUGAACAAGACUCCCAUCUGUGGCCACUUCACCUGCAUGGUCAGCAACAAGCUAGGCUACAGCUCCGCCACCUACACUGCAGCACCUUGCGAGACAGAGGGCAGAGGGACAACAGUGGCUGUGCUGUGUGUCGUCCUCCUGCUGCUGUGUGGAGGAGUGCUGGCAUUUCUGCUGUGGAGGCGACACAGGCUCAGCACCAGAGGAGAGAGGCUGCAAGAACAUAUAGAUGACACCUUUUGAAAAAAAGGCCCAAGAUACUCUUGUGUAACUCAGAGAGAAGAACAGGGAAUGGACUUGAUCUGUGAGGAUGUUACUUCCUGCCCUUUGAGCAGUAUGACCUUACACAGCAUUGGGACAAUGUGAUGAGUGAACUGCUCGGUGGGAAACAAAAAAUAUCUAAAAAUGGAUAUUCAGCUUGAAGUGCCAGCAAUGUCAUUACACUGCCUCCUGCUGGGCUGCACCUGGCACUGCGUAUUUAAUAAUCAUUUUUGUAGGCUUGUAUCAGCUGCGCAUUGUAUUGAAAUGUAUUUCAAAUGUUGCCUUCAUAAUAAAAUCCCUUUAAAGAAUGUGACAACA